AUGUCUUUUCACUCACAGGUAAUGACUAACUUUGUGGUAGUCCACGAGUCCAUAGACAAGACAAUACUGUCCAUUGUCGGGCUGCUUUUGGUCAGUCUGAUGUUUUGGAUUGCUCUAGACCUCCUUGGAAUUACCUCACCAGCUCAUAUCAAAGGUCUGCCUCUGGUUCCCUCUUAUCCUAUUCUGGGGAGCCUGCCUCUUGUGAAACGAAACUCCUUUCUGAAGUACUGCGAAUGGGCCUCUAAAUACGGCGAGGUCUUCCAGAUGAGACUAGGGACAAAGAUAGUUAUAGUUGCCAAUUCUUUCCAGUCAAUCCAAGAGCUCUGGGUCAAAAAUGGCAGAGCAAACAACUCAAGACCGCAAUCUUACUCGUUCCACGAGCUGUUGUCUCAGUCCAAGGUCUACACAGUUGGGACCACGCCAUUCUCAGAAACGUACCUGAGGAAGAAGAAGUUUCUGUCAUACUCUUUGAAUAAGAAGUCGAUUGACCAGAGGAGUGAUGUGAUUGAUAUCGAGACGAGCAAUACGAUCUUUCCUCUUUUCGAGCAGUCUCUCGAGACUGGCACAAACGACUUUGAAGUUCUGCGAAUCUCCCAAUACUUCACUUUGAGAACUGCUUUAAUCUUCACUUAUGGAUACUUCAUGGAUACCAGACUGGAAGGGAGAAAACUCGCUGACGAGAUCAUUGAUGUGGAGAACGCCAUCACCGGAGUCAGAGCUCACACUUCCAAUUGGCAAGACUAUCUUCCUAUCUUGAGAUGGCUGUCGCCACGGAGAAGCAAGGAAGUGAGUGAGUUGCGAGAGAGAAGAAGCAGAUACUUGCAGAAGUUCUAUGAGUAUACAAGACAGAAACUAGUUGACGUUUCUAUUCACGAACGUGCGGCUGUCCAAGACUGUCUUGUUGCGAGGGUGUUGGGAUCUAACAAAGGUGGCCCAGCAAGCAAUAACUUGGAUCUGGACGAGAUCACCAGUGUGUGCUUGACAAUGCUGAGCGCCGGUCUUGAUAACACUGGUUUCAACUUUGCUUACUGUAUUGGACAGCUCUCACACGACAAGAACAUACAGAUCACAGGACUUCAACAGAUCAAAAAGUGCUAUGGCGACAACCUACAGAUGGCAUGGAAUAAUUGUGCCUAUGAUAUGAAAUGUGACUACAUAAAGGCCAUUGUCAAGGAGACCUUGCGCCAGUAUACAGUCUUGCCGGUCUCCCUUCCUAGAGAAACUACGAAGGACAUAUCAUACAGAGGCACUAUCAUCCCAGCGGGAACAACAAUGUUUAUGAAUUCUUGGGCCGGAAACCAUGAUCCGAAGGUGUUCAAACGCACACACGAGUUCAUACCCGAGAGGUUUUUGAAUGAGGACCUACAACUACUAGAAAGUUGCGAGGGUCUCACUCAUUUCUCCUUCGGUGCAGGAACAAGGAUGUGCACGGGGAGUUAUCUAGCCUUCAGGGAAAUGUAUACCUUGUUAUGCAAGUUUAUUAUCGCAUUCGAGAUCACACUCCCUGAAGAUCCCGAAAUGGUAAUGGAAAGGGACCCGGUAAAGCUGAACAGAUCUCCGGAGGCUAUCGCGUUCGAGCCGAGACCAUUCAAAGUGGGUCUUCGAAUUAGAGAUCAGAAUCUUGUCCUUAAACUACUGGAUCAAUACACGUCUGAAAAAAGGUUUUUGAACAGAAGAUUCACGGUUGCACAAAAAUUUGAAAGCGAAAAGACACCUGAACAGAAGGCCUUGGACACCCGAAUUCAAAAGAAAUGGGAUGCCUAUCUUCACUUCUCAUGA